AUGACGUCAAAUAACAAUAUUGAUUUGGAUUUCGAAGGUGAAUUUGCUCCUAUUAAACCAUUAUCUCUGGAGGAACUACAAAAUGACCGCUUAAUUAAACGCAUUAAGCUUCAAAAGAAGCUUGAAAAGCUCGAAGACCACGAUCUAAGUUCGGACUACAAAACCAAUCUCAUCAGCGAAUACGAAGAUACGAUAGCAAUUGAUAAUCCAGUGAAGACUUAUGAAAAAAGAAGAAGUAUUGAUGGGAUCAGUGAUAGUCAAGCCAAUAAAUCGACACGUAUAAAUAUAGACUGGAUUAAUGCCCAAAAGGCUAGGAUACAUAACCCGCAUGUAAACAAAGAGCAUAAAAAUAAGUCGGUUGAUGAACCGAAUACCAUUCAAGAAAGUAAAAGUCGAAAUUUGAAGGAUGAUAGUCGUAUUGUGUCCAAAGGCGCUCAGGAAGAUCUGGCAAAACAGAAAAAUGAAAAACGCUUACGAGCUGAAAAAUUAAAAAAUUUCAAAUUAACUGAUUCAGGAUUUGAUUCAUUGAUAAGACGAAGCAGACUUAAAGAACAGCGAUCGAUGAAAGGUGAGGAUGAAAUAUCACAGCAAGAAAUAAAUACAGAACCAGAUGGCUUCGACCAACCUCAAGAGUAUAAGGAAUUUAGGGCAAACGAAAAUGAUGUGAAAUUACUUAGGAAACAGGUGCUAUCACAACUUGUAAAUAAAACCACCAAUUUUCCUAACUUACUUGAGUCCCCAAACUUAAUCAGCAAGUAUAAAGAAGUUUAUAAAAUGUUUGAACACACUGUUAGAGAUAACGAAGGGCAUUCACUGUUGAUAAUUGGGCCAAGAUCUUCAGGAAAGACUGCAAUAAUUCAACACGCGUUAGAUGAUUUGUCGUCUAAAUAUCCAGGGCAAUUCAUUACGGUCAGACUAAAUGCAUAUUUACAUAGUGAUGAUAUUGUUGCAUUAAGAGAAGUGGCCCGGCAGUUAGAUUAUAAUGCGAAGCAACUACGUACUAGUGAUGAUGUAAGCUUUGGCAAUUUUGAACAGAGAUCUAUAAGUGAUACUUUUACUAAUAUUUUGUCAAUAUUAGACAAGAAUAAUAAUAAUAAUAAUAAUAAUAAUGCCACUCAUAAUGAACAAGAAGCGGUUUCUAUCAUUUUCAUUAUCGAAGAAUUUGAAAAUUUUACAAGUGGGAGUAAGCAGACCCUCUUAUAUAAUUUGUUUGAUUUGUCACAAAGUUCUUCCACUCCAAUAUGUGUUGUAGGAGUUUCUACCAAAAUAACUGCUAGAGAAUUGCUCGAAAAGAGAGUUAGAAGUAGAUUCAGCCAAAGAAUUAUUUCCAUAAACAAAUCUAACACGAUGGAGGAAUUUUGGGCUAAUGCAAAACUUGGGUUGGUGUUGAGUAAUGAGUUUAUUGAAACGCUAGGAGACCAGAAUUAUGGUUUCCUGUGGAACCAAUACGUGGAAUCUAUGUAUUCAAGUAAGUCAUCAUACUUAAGGAAACUAAUAUUUCAAAAUUAUUUUACUAUCAAAAAUUUCAAGGACUUCAACAACAAUUGCAUCCUUCCAGUAUCCAAAAUAUCCACCCUGCAACCAUUUCCCGUAGAUGGUGACUUCAAGCAAUACUCGAUAAACCAAUCGAUCAAUAAUAUACAAUCAAUCGUUAAGUCUCUAUCAGUUUUAGAGUUAUUAUUAAUUAUUGCUGCCACAAGAUGGAUUGAAAAGUUUGACUUGCAGGUCGUAAAUUUUAAUUUAGCUUACAAAGAGUAUGAAGAUAUGAUAAAGAAUUUCAAUAUAAAUUCAGCUACAGUGAAUUCAUCGUCUCUAAUCGAUAAUAAUAUUUUAUCCAACAUUACUAUUAAUCAAAAAAUUUGGUCACCAAAGAUAUUGAAGAAUUGCUGGGAAUCUUUAUACAAAUUAGGCCUAUUAUUGGACUAUGGAGCUGCUACAACAAAUGCUGAUGGUCAAGUAGUAUCGACUACAACCUCAAACAGGAAUAUUAUAAUAGAGGAUAACAAAAUGGUUCAGUUAGACAUUACGUUGGAUGAAUUACAUCAUCUCAUUGAUGAUCUGAAUGUUUAUAGGUCCUUAACUAAAUUGUAA